AUACGAGUUUAGACUUGCAGGGAAACAUUAGCAAUCUGGCUUCAUCAUAUAUCGUCGAUCUAAAUAGGUUCUGAUGGGUGGACGAAUAUCAACUCUUCUUCUGUGUGUUUAUCUAAAGUAUUUAUCAUUGUGUGGUACCGUAAACUUUAACUUAACUCGAGGACAUAUUGACAAAUUUUCUAACGCUUACAUCAAUACUUCAUGUGAAUCAAACUGUUCAAGAAACGCCUGUAGUCCGUACUUCAGGGCAUCCUGCAUUGCUCCAAGUUGUCAUAGUUGUCGCUGUAAUAAGCGUUAUCCUACUUUUAAAUAUAAUAAAAGUUCAAUUGGAAAAUGCGUGAAAAAUGAAAUAAUCUCAUAUUCAUCGAGUAAACAAGACUGGUUCUUAACCUAUCACGUGCAGUGGAAACUUUGCUUGGAACCACGAUUGGACAUGAGAAAUCUGAGGUUGACGAAUUGUUAUUAUGGAAAUAGAGCACAACAGUGGAUGUGGACAAAACAUGGUCAACUUUUGAAUGUGAAAACAAGGAAAUGUCUUCAAACCUCGGGAGUAGUUAUUUUUCUCUAUAACAGACCACAUCCCAAAGUAGUUUUAGCCCAAUGUAAGGCAGUAGACGUGAGGCAAAAUUGGCAAUGUCAAGGAAAAAAUGGUUUGUUCUACUUAAAGUAUCACGACGCUUACUUGAAUUAUGACAAAAGUAGACACUAUGUAAUAGUAUUUAAAGGUACAGAACUUGGGGGCUUAUGGACCCGCUAUGGAUCAAAUGAGUCGUUAUGCUCCUCCAUUUCACGUAAUAAAGAAUGUUAUAAAUACUUGGAUGGAUCAAGCAUGUUUACAAUCAAAACAAUGGAUCUUAAAAGAUGUAUCAACAGUUCUUCAAGUAACUGUGUAAUAGAGAAAAAAGUAUCAGCACCAAUAGAAACAACAAAUGUCAAAUGUGUAAUUGAAUGGCACAGAACGAUGUUUCUCAACUACGAUCAAUGGAAUUCUCUUCCAAAUAGAGUUAAAUACUUGCAAAACAAAUCAUUUGAGUUGGUAAAACAAGACUCCAUGAAAGCGACGUUAAAGGUAAAUCUUACAUCAUCGCAGCACUUCCGUGGACAAAUAAUUAAACUGUACAUUAGCUGCUCCAAGCUUUACUAUAAAUAUGAACGUACAAAUCAGACAGCUUGGAGAGACGGUCAAGAUGGAGAAGUACAGUGCAUAUUAAUAAAGUUCUCGGGAAACUUCAAACCCAAGUUCUUCAAAGAGGAAAAGAAAACUACACAGACCGUCCCAACGACACCAAGAGAUCACAACAGACCCAAUUCAUUAACUACGAACGUCAUUGUGGCAACUACGAGCGUUUUAUCUUUGUUGAUAGUCGCUGUGAUCAUUGUUUUUAUUAUCUUAAAGCAAAGAAGACAAAACACUGUACCAGGAAAAGUCAAUACAGCUCUAAAAUCAUCUGAGAGAAAGAAAAAGGAGCGUCGACAUCACCAAAAGGGCAAAAAGCUAACUGAAGCCACGAAAAAAGCAAAUACAACCAACUGGCAUGAGCCAGCGAUGUACGCUGCUACAACAGACUGCGGGCUGUACGCAUCAACAUUUCGGUUAAAUAUUAAUCCAGAUCAUACAACAACAAAUGGAGCAUCAAGUGAAUGUAUAAUAUACGACACAAAUCACAAUGGAAAACAUAAUAUGGAAAGAAAACAAGUCGAUGCUGCUUCAAGUGAAAACGCCAGGUACCAUUCACAUUCUACAGAAAAUACUUAUAAUGAACCACAUUCGUUGGUCAAAAUGAUGAAAGCAAGUGACAGCAACUCGAACGAUUCCAGUUCAAAUAUACAUAUCUACAACGAGCCAUAGCGAAUGGAGUAUGGGCAAAUUUAAGCGAUUCAUCUUUAGAAAAAGUAGGUCGUUCGGAUAUAGACAAGUACCGUUAUUUUGAUAUACUGCUAAUUUGGAAUUUAUGCCAAAAAUAUUUAUCGCACGUUGCAAGAAAUUUAAUGUCAAGUAAUUUAAUAAUUAAUUUUUAUAUUUCGAAUGCAUUUAUUAAUUAAACAUGUUUUUCACACCUUUGAACACAGUGCAAUGUUUACAUAAUUACUGUAGGUAUGUGCUGAUGUGUAUCAAAUGUAUGAAAAUACAACAAAACUUUUAAAAAAUUAACACUAACUAUUGUUUUGUUCUUGUCAACAUAACGUGUAUCGAUAAAAAAGCAAUAAAUUACCCGUAACUCCUAUAGGGUUCAUU